CGAGCUGGGCAGGAAGUCGGAGCAGGGGGCGAGGAGAAGAGCUCUGGGACUUGCAGCGUGUGGUCCUUUUGGUCUGACGCUCGCCCUCGUUGUCUGCAGCAGCCUCUGCUUCUUCCCGCGCGGCGACACCCGGCGGCCAGGACUUCACCAUGUCUAUUCUCAAGAUCCAUGCCAGGGAGAUCUUCGACUCCCGUGGGAAUCCCACUGUUGAGGUUGAUCUCUGCACCUCAAAAGGUCUCUUCAGAGCUGCUGUGCCCAGUGGCGCCUCAACUGGUAUCUAUGAGGCGCUGGAGCUCCGGGACAAUGAUAAGACGCGCUACAUGGGGAAAGGUGUCUCCAGACCCAUUAAGUAUAUUAAUGAGUUCCUGGCUCCAGCCUUGUGCACCCAGAAGCUGAGCGUCGUGGAGCAGGAGAAGAUUGACAAACUGAUGAUAGAGAUGGAUGGAACGGAAAAUAAAUCUAAGUUUGGUGCAAACGCCAUUCUGGGAGUGUCCCUGGCUGUCUGCAAGGCUGGAGCUGUUGAGAAGGGGGUGCCGCUGUACCGCCACAUUGCUGACUUGGCUGGCAAUUCUGAAGUGAUCCUGCCAGUUCCGGCUUUCAAUGUCAUCAACGGUGGUUCUCAUGCUGGCAACAAGCUGGCCAUGCAGGAGUUCAUGAUCCUCCCUGUUGGUGCAGCCAACUUCAGUGAAGCCAUGCGCAUUGGUGCAGAGGUUUACCACAACCUGAAGAACGUCAUCAAGGAGAAAUACGGGAAAGAUGCCACCAAUGUGGGGGAUGAAGGCGGGUUUGCUCCUAACAUCCUGGAGAAUAAAGAAGCCCUGGAGCUGCUGAAGAAUGCCAUUGGGAAAGCUGGCUACACCGAUAAGGUUGUCAUUGGCAUGGACGUGGCUGCCUCUGAGUUCUUCAGGUCAGGGAAGUAUGACCUGGACUUCAAGUCACCCGAUGACCCCAACCGAUACAUCACACCCGAUGAGCUGGCCAACCUCUACAAGUCCUUCAUCAAGGACUACCCGGUGGUGUCUAUCGAGGACCCCUUCGACCAGGAUGACUGGGAAGCGUGGCAGAAGUUCACCGCCAGCGCAGGAAUCCAGGUGGUGGGAGAUGAUCUCACUGUGACCAACCCAAAGCGGAUUGCCAAGGCCGUGGGCGAGAAGUCGUGCAACUGCCUCCUGCUCAAAGUGAACCAGAUCGGCUCUGUGACCGAGUCCCUCCAGGCGUGCAAGCUGGCCCAGUCCAAUGGGUGGGGCGUGAUGGUGUCUCACCGCUCUGGGGAGACUGAAGAUACCUUCAUCGCCGACCUGGUGGUGGGGCUCUGCACUGGACAGAUCAAGACUGGUGCACCUUGCCGAUCCGAGCGCUUGGCCAAGUACAACCAGAUCCUCAGAAUUGAAGAGGAGCUGGGCAGCAAGGCUAAGUUUGCCGGCAGGAACUUCAGAAACCCCCUGGCCAAGUAAGCUCUGGGCGUGCAAGCCUGGGUUCUGCAGUCACUGGUCAGCUCAUUAGACCUCUGCUCCCAGCGUCCACACCGGCGGCUCAAGGCCCCAGCCAGUCCUUGCAGGGCGUCUGGUAGUUGUUAACUGGCCUCUCCCACCUGUACUGUUCUCACUGCUUCCUUAGAACCGCUACAGCCGCCAAGCUUGACCAUCUGGAACCCCGCUGGAAACCCUGGCUCUGUAAUCAUGUGAUUGGCCCAAAUCAUUGUUUUUCUCACCUCGCUUCCCACCAAGUGUCUGGAGCCGUGUGUUGUAUCUACAUUGUCAUCUCUGAGGUGUCCACAGCCAAGGUCCCCAGAGGUUUUGUGUGCAAAAAUAAAAAGGCUUCAGUGACCAGCAGGA